AUGGGCGCCGCGGAGCUGGCCUGGCGGCUGCGGGCGGCGCUGCGGGAGGAGGAGCUGCGGGCCGUGGAGGAGCUGCUGCGCCGCGGCGCGGACCCCAACCUGGUGCUGGCGGACGGCGCGGCGGCGGUGCACCUGGCGGCGGGCGCCCGGCGGCCCCGCGCUCUGCGCUGCCUCCGGGCUCUGCUGCGGGGAGGCGGGGACCCCAACGCUCGGUCGGCCGAGGCGCUGACUCCGCUGCACGUGGCCGCCGCCUGGGGCUGCAGCCGCAGCCUGGAGCUGCUGCUGAGCCAGGGAGCCGACCCCCGGCUGCUGGACCAGGAUGGACUCCGGCCACUGGACCUGGCAGAACAACAGGGGCACCGGGACUGUGUGCGCGUCCUGCGGGAGCCCCCAGAGCUGGCGAGGACCCCUCCCCGGACCCCGUCAGAGACCCAGGAGCCGGAGCCCAGGCCCAGCGGCUCAGCCCUCCCGGGAAAGGGCCUGGAUGCCAGCGCCUCUGGACCUCCCAGUGAGACGCUGGACUGCACAGGACUGGGCAGAAGCGACAGCGGCCACACGGAGCCGAAGGCUAGCCCUCGACCCUCCCGCCGCCUUGCCUGCCCUGAAGCUGCUGACGGGGAUGGCAGCUUGGAGUCCUCCCCGGGGUGCUGGGACUGCAGCUCAGAUGCCUCCUUUGUCACGGCUGUCGAGGCUUCUGGAGCCGAGGAUCCAGCCCCACGGACGUACCCCUGGGCUGGGCCAUUGCCCAGGCAGCAACUCCUGCCUCAGGUCCGACCGUCCCAGAGGGUGCUGGAGUCUCCGGACACGCCACCGCCGGAACGUGGAGCCAUCGUGACGGGCAAGGAGGCCGAACUAAAGGCCCUUCUGCAGGCCCUGACUCUGACCUCCCCCUGCCCCUCGUCCCUCUCAGACAGGAGCCCGGCCCACAGCCCCUCUCCGGACCCGGAACCACUGCCUGGACCCCUGGACUUCCACUUCCUAACGGAUGACCAGUCGUCCCUUGACGGCGAGCGGGGCGCCCCCUGGCUGACAGAGGAGGAAGCGCAGUCCGCAGGUGGCGGGGACCCAGCCCCCUCUCCCGGGUGUCCGCCCGGCAUGUCCGACCUGGAACUGCUGCAGAGGCUCCGGGCCCUGGGCCCAGGCUUUUCGGGGCACAGCCCAGAGCUGACCGAGGCCCUGAGGACAGGCCGGAUCCCAGACGCCCAGGCGGAUGAGGACGUACUGGCCCGGCAAUUCGAGCAGCCGGACCCCGGCAGGAGGUGGCGGGAGGGGGUCGCGAAGUCCAGUUUCACGUACCUGCUACUGGACCCCAGGGAGACUCGGAACCUGCCAGCACGAGCCUCCUCGCUAACUCCAGCCGAAUGCCUCCGGACUUUCGCCCACGCCAUCUUCUACGUGGGCAAGGGGACCCGGGCCCGGCCAAAUGCGCACCUCUGGGAGGCCCUUGGCCACCGCAGGAGGCCAGGAAAACAGGCCUGUCCCAAAGUGCGCCGGAUCUUGGACAUCUGGGCCAGUGACCGUGGUGUUGUGUCCCUGCAUUGCUUCCAGCAUGUGGUCGCUGUGGAGGCUUACACUCGAGAGGCCUGUCUUGUGGAUGCUCUAGGGAUCAGGACACUGACCAACCAGAAACAAGGACACUGCUACGGAGUGGUGGCGAGCUGGCCGCCCGCCCGCCGCCGCCGCCUGGGCGUGCACCUGCUGCAUCGCGCCCUCCUCGUCUUCCUGGCUGAGGGUGAGCGAGAGCUGCGACCUCAAGACAUCCAGGCCUGCAGCUGA